AUGCAGUUCGCCAAGUCUCUCCUGCUGCUGGCAGCUCUCACCACCAGCGCCUACGCUCGCCCCGAAGGCUACGAGCGCCGCCAGGUCGCAACAGCCACCACCACCAGCGCCGCUUCAUCUUCUUCCACUUCUUCCGGCGGCACCUGGACCAACACUCCUUCCAGCGGCAGCUAUUCCACCUCCGGCUUUGGUGGCGUCACCUCCAGCAGCGGCAGCGGCAACACUUACACUGGUAACGUCGGCAAUGCCUACGGCAGCAACAUCAUUGAAGUCUCCGCCUCCGACGCCAGCCAGUACAAGUACGUGAUUCAAUUCCAGGGCUCCAACACCGAGGACUGGACCGUCGCCAUCUGGAACAAGUACGGUCCUGACGGUAAGAUGGAUGGCUGGUUCGGCAAUGCCUGCAAGACUUUCACUCUCGCCGCCGGUGCCACCAAGUACAUCGCCUUCGACGAGGAUACCAACGGUGGUUUCGCCGCUGCCGCUGGCUCUAUCCCCACUGACUCCAACGGUGGCUACGCCUCCACCUGGGGUGAGUUCGACUUCGGCUCCACCGUCAACAACGGCUGGUCUGGCUUCGAUGUCUCCGCUAUUGCCGCUCAGAACGCCGGUCUCACCGUUCAGGGUAUGAAGAUUUGCGAUGCCCUCAGCAACACUUGCUCGUCUAUCACUUCCGGUGCUGGUACCGUUAGCAACGCCUAUACCAAGGCAGAGACUGACGUUGGUGGCAUCGGUGGUAACCUCGCCUCCGGCCCCGUCCGUCUGGCCGUCACCCUCGACUUGAGCUAA